GUGCAUCCGUGUUCUUUCCAUAUGGACUAUUCCUGCGAGUACACCACAAGGAGAGAUAUCUACCUGGGUAACUGUCCCGUAUAUAGCUGGCGGUACUUCUCGAUUCAUCGUCCGCGUCCCUCCGACCAUCCGUCCUGCAAACGAACGCAACUCGCUCCGUUUGGCUCUUAUCCAUACCCCUACACACUACCUUACCUUUAUCCGUUCCCUCCCAAGCCUCCUACUGCACUCUGUGCUUCCUACACUACCUACUAUAUAUAUUACUCUGAUUCUUUGCCUCGCACUCUCUCAUUACCUAAACCUGACCCUUUUUUUGCCCAUGUGCAAGCAGCAUACAUAACUCGGAGUUUGGACACACACGGACCCCUCAAGUCUAGAUCAUCGACGCAUCAACCAAACGAGGUUGAACGUCAACUGUGAUCAGCUCUGGCUUUCUCUUAUCUGCGGAUACUUGCCGACUAAUAUCGAUACCAAAGUCACCUCGACUUCACCCCUCGACUUCACCCUUCCUUCAACAUCGCCCAUCCAUUAUAUACUGGAUGAAGCAAUAAACUUCUCCUCAUCAACCCUUGAUCGCUCUUGAGACGUCUUCAACUUCGUCUCUUGCGACUUCCUAUUCUGUCUGCUACGACAAUUCAACAAGCCGCACGUGCCAACCAUCCAUCCCGCGCUUCCGUCCAGGUUGUUUGAAGCUAGGGUACUUAUCUACAACUACACUCUCGACAUUCUGUUCUGCGCAAUCGGAACACAUCACCGCCUCAUCAGCCCACCGCCACAGAUAUGGCUACCGACUUCGUGAUGCCUCAGUUCCCCAACAACCAGCAACAACCUCAUUUCCAGCAAACAUAUCGUGGUUUUCAUAAUAACCCAAGUAUGAAUCGCCAACAGCCGCCGCCUCAGCAAGUGAGCACGGGUGCUCCGUAUCAACCAUCCGCCCAGUACAACGGCAAUGGCAAUGGCAACAGCCGACAAAUCUCACCUCUCAGUACGUCAGGUAAUGUUUCGCCAACUUCUCCAAAGACCCUCACUCGUCAAAUCCGCCCGCUGUAUAUGCCGGCUGCCCUCAGGCCGAACCAGUACGCAUCCAAGCCGCCGACGUCGAGGCCCAGUUCCAAAGACGAGGAGAUUGAGGAGGAGCGCAAGUUGAAACCAACCACCAGCUAUAUCGGACGCGGUGCCCUGGGGCGGUUGAGCAGGAGAAACACUGGAGAUAGCGGCAUGUGCAUCGACCCCAACGUGAACCUGGAUCAUUAUCCCAAACCGACUGGGGUACCGACGCGGAAGCACUGGAAGCCCGACGCAGAGUCUACGGUAUGCGAUGAUGCCAGGUGCAAGAAGAACUUCAAUUACUUCACCCGCCGUCACCACUGUCGCAGAUGCGGUAACAUCUUCUGUGACGUCCACAGCGCAUUUGAGAUCCCCUUGGACCAAGAUGCGAACUACAAUCCCCGGGGAACUCCAAGCCGCGCCUGCCAGCAUUGUUAUUCCCAGUUUAAGGAGUGGCGAAGCCGGGCCAACAGCCAGUCGUCGACCAGCGGCUCGUCUACCUCGGAUGGCAAUGCGACCAGCUCUGAGCCGGGCAGCCCGGUUCUUGCUUCCCCCAUCACCCCCUCGGGCAUCAAGAUGGGAUUCAAUCUGGGAUUGCCGAGCAUGCCCGAGGUGGCCCACAGCGUCCCUAGGGACUGGAACUGGAGCACAUUCUGAAGGCAUGAUUGGCCUUUGUUAAAGUCAUUGUCUCCAGAGAGAUGUCUUCUGGCUAGAGACCUCUUCUCGCACUCUGCAAUCCAUCUGGAUUGCUCGCUUUUGGACCAAUCGCAUAGAGUAUGUGUACAUGUCCUCCCGAGUCGAAAUCCACCGGAGACGCGGAGUUGAGUGGAUCCUCCCAUCCGGCAACGGCGACCACAACGGCCAAUGUUUAUUUUUACGACCAACAUGGCCCGAGAUUGAUCGAAAAGCAUAUACGCUUUAAUGCGUGACGUACUUAAUAUGGUACAACGAGGUGGAAUUAAUGGGUCACGUUGCGUCGGAUGAACAUUUCUAGAUGAUUCAUUCUGAUUUACACGGCAUAGGAUUUCCCAGCGUUUGCGGGAUUGAGCGUCUGCUCUUCGGCUUGCUUUCAGUUUAUCACGACCUCUUGGUUUUGGACGUCACAAAGUCGGAAAAGAGUAGCGUGCAUAUCACAACAAAGAAACCCUCCGCAUCAGACUGGGCCUCUGGCGGAAUGGGCACUGGCGGAGUUGACCCCUUGGGCUUACGCACAACAGAUUGCCCAGGGUUUGCCUGCGCGACAUUUCGGUGGGCUUUUCGUCGAGCGGAGCGGAGGAGCACACGACUCGCGCCUGCAGCUUCGGACCCGCAUCGUUGAGGCUGCUCUCUAAACCCUCUAGCCGUCGGAGGAGGAAGGUUCCACGUCGUCCCGCUCAAGACUCCACUUUCUUCACCUUCGACGCGGUCCACCCCUACCAAUCCUAUCAAGUGGAGUUCCGCCGAUCUGGCUUUGAGGAUGAGCAGUUAUACACUAGAUCUGGUCAUGGGAUCAGAUGCAGAGCACUCGGGCAAGGGCCUAAUUUUCCCUUUCCCUCACUUAUCAUACGUAGAGUUGUUGAAGUUUUCUAUGGCUUUGUUCUUUGCUGUUUCUGUUUGAAGGGGGGCCAGCCGCCAGCUAGCUCAACCCACGGAUUUGCAAAUCUGCAUAAUUGGCGUUUCCCGACGGAAUGUUCACUGUUUUCAUCCAAGCAUGUCCGAAGAAUAGGAGGACCCUUUUGUUUCGGCCUUUGCAAUGUUGCUGUUUUUUGUUGUUGUUGAGAUCUGCAUCAUUUUUGCGAGAGACAUUGCUAUGGGACAAUUUAUAGGCGUUUUUGUUUUUCUCUUCUUGGGAUGUACAUUUACAACAACAUGGGACAAAUGAGAAACAAGUUGGAGAGUCGGAGGCUAUUGAUCCAUAUUCAGAACUUCAGAUCGGCGUUUCGCUUACUGCCUUUGCGUGUCGAUAUUCGUGUCUAAGUGAUGUAGAAGGAACAUAUGCCAGUCAACGUGUGGGGCGGAGAAGUUGAACCGAAUACCUAGUGAGUUCCAGGUACUCGUAUGUAGAGGAUUAUAUCCAGAUCAGUUACAAUC